CAUUUCACAGGCCUGCCUUCUCUCACUAACGAUCUUCCUCGUCCCCGGGCCAACUCGGACAGUUUGCUCAUUUAUUGCAACGGUCAAGGCUGGCUCCUGCCAGAACAGCGCGCGCGCGCACACACGGGGGGAAAACUUUUUUUUUUAAAAAAAUGAAAGCCUAGACUAGCUCACCAGCGGCGCGGGCGCUGCGCGAGUGGUUCGGAGUUGACUCCCUGCAGCAGGAAAUCCCUCGGGUCGCGACGCCCGGCCCCCUCUCGGCGCCCGCGGGGGAUGGUGCAGCGCUCGCCGCCGGCCCCGAGAGCUGCUGCACUGAAGGCCGGCGACGAUGGCAGCGCGCCCGCCGCCCGCGCCCCCCGCCCGCGCCCUCCUGCUCGCCCUGGCCGGGGCUCUGCUCGCGCCCCGCGCGGCCCGAGGGGUGAACUUGGGAAGCAAGUUAGCACCUUCCAUGGAACAGGCCCAAAGGCAGGAGUCGGGAGGAGCCUCUGAGGUCCUCAGUGCCUCUCUUUUGAGUGGAGACCUCUGGAACCCGAUGGACAGCAUCGACUCAAAGAAUCAUCCACAAGUGUUGAAUUUUCGAUUACAACUGGAAAGCAAAGAACUGAUCAUAAAUCUGGAGAGAAAUGAAGGUCUCCUUGCUAGCGGUUUCACGGAAACUCAUUACCUGCAAGAUGGCACUGAUGUCUCCCUUGUUCGAAAUUACACGGGUCACUGUUACUACCACGGACAUGUGCAAGGCUAUUCUGGUUCGAUGGUCAGUCUCAGCACUUGCUCUGGUCUCAGGGGACUUAUUACAUUUGAAAAUAAAACCUACAUCUUAGAACCAAUGAAAAAUGCAACCAAUAGAUACCAGCUCUUCCCAGCGGAGACCCUGAAGGGCGUCUGGGGGUCGUGUGGAUCACAUCACAACACGUCGGGGCUCGCUGCGGAUAACAGGCUCCCACCACCCUCCCAGAGGCGGGCAAGAAGGCAUAAAAGAGAGACCCUCAAGAUGACCAAGUACGUCGAGCUGGUUAUUGUAGCAGACAACCGGGAGUUUCAGAGGCAAGGAAAAGAUCUGGAAAAAGUUAAGCAGCGAUUAAUAGAGAUCGCUAAUCACGUUGACAAGUUUUACAGACCACUGAACAUUCGAAUAGUGUUGGUCGGCGUGGAGGUGUGGAAUGACAUCGACAAAUGCUCUAUAAGUCAGGACCCAUUCACAAGCCUCCAUGAAUUUCUGGACUGGAGAAAGAUGAAGCUUCUACCUCGCAAAUCCCAUGACAACGCACAGCUUAUCAGUGGGGUUUAUUUCCAAGGGACCACCAUCGGCAUGGCCCCGAUCAUGAGCAUGUGCACGGCCGAGCAGUCCGGAGGAAUCGUCAUGGACCAUUCAGACAGCCCCCUUGGUGCGGCCGUGACCCUGGCACAUGAGCUGGGCCACAAUUUCGGGAUGAACCAUGACACCCUGGAGAGAGGCUGUAGCUGCAAGAUGGCUGCCGAUAAAGGAGGCUGCAUCAUGAACCCUUCAACUGGGUACCCGUUCCCCAUGGUGUUCAGCAGCUGCAGCAGGAAGGACCUGGAGGCCAGCCUGGAGAAAGGCAUGGGGAUGUGCCUCUUUAACUUGCCAGAAGUCAAGCAGUCUUUCGGGGGCCAGAAGUGUGGGAAUGGAUACGUGGAAGAAGGCGAGGAGUGUGACUGCGGGGAACCGGAGGAAUGUACGAAUCUCUGCUGCAAUGCCACCACCUGUACCCUGAAGCCGGACGCUGUGUGCGCACAUGGGCUGUGCUGUAAAGACUGCCAGCUGAAGCCUGCAGGAACAGCAUGCAGGGACUCCAGCAACUCCUGCGACCUUCCGGAGUUCUGCACAGGGGCCAGCCCCCACUGCCCAGCCAACGUGUACCUGCAUGACGGGCACCCGUGUCAGGGGGUGGACGGCUACUGCUACAACGGCAUCUGUCAGACCCACGAGCAGCAAUGUGUCACGCUCUGGGGACCAGGUGCUAAACCUGCCCCUGGGAUCUGCUUUGAGAGAGUCAACUCGGCAGGUGACCCUUAUGGCAACUGUGGCAAAGACUCCAAGAGUUCCUUUGCCAAAUGUGAGACGAGAGAUGCCAAAUGUGGAAAAAUCCAGUGUCAAGGAGGUGCCAGCCGGCCAGUCAUUGGUACCAAUGCAGUUUCCAUAGAAACGAAUAUCCCACUGCAGGAAGGAGGCCGGAUUCUGUGCCGUGGGACCCACGUGUACUUGGGCGAUGACAUGCCGGACCCAGGGCUUGUGCUUGCCGGCACAAAAUGUGCAGAUGGAAAAGUCUGCCUCAACCGUCGAUGUCAAAAUGUCAGCGUCUUCGGUGUUCACGAGUGCGCCCUACAGUGCCACGGCCGAGGGGUGUGUAACAACAGGAAGAACUGCCACUGCGAGGCCCACUGGGCGCCUCCCUUCUGUGACAAGUUUGGCUUUGGAGGAAGCACAGACAGCGGACCCAUCCGGCAAGCAGAUAACCAAGGUUUAACGAUAGGAAUCCUGGUGACCAUCCUGUGUCUUCUUGCCGCUGGAUUUGUGGUCUAUCUCAAAAGGAAGACAUUGAUCCGACUGCUGUUUACAGAUAAAAAAACCACCAUUGAAAAGCUAAGGUGUGUGCGCCCUUCCCGGCCAUCCAGUGGCUCCCAGCCUGCUCAGGCUCACCUCACCCACCUCAGCAAAGGCCUGAUGAGGAAGCCACCGCAUUCCAACACCCCGAAGGACAAUCCCAGGAGACUCCUGCAGUGUCAGAACGUUGACAUCAGCAGACCCCUCAAAGCCCUCGACGUCCCUCAGCCCAGUUCGCCUCAGCGAGUGCUCCUGGCCCUCCACCAGGCUCCUCCUCGUGUGCCCACCGUCCCCGCCAGACCUCUGCCGGCCAACCCUGCACUCAGGCAGGCCCAGGGUACCCGUAAGCCAAACCCUCCUCAGAAGCCUCUGCCUGCAGAUCCUUUGAACAAGACGACCCGGCUCACCAAUGUCUCAGCCAGGACCCUGGGACAGCAGGAAUCCGGGGUCCGCCUGGCGCCCCUCAGACCUGCUCCGAAACAUCCACAUCAAGUGCCCAGACCCACCCACACCGCCUAUAUCAAGUGAGACGCAAGCCAACACCUUUUUUCAACAGUGAAGACAGAAGUUUGCACUAUCUUUCAACUCCACUUGGAGUUAGUUUUUGUACCAACUUUUAGAAUUUUUUUUAAUGUUUAAAACACCAUUAUUUUAAGAACUUUGAGCUACUGCCGUCGGUGCUGUGCUGUGCUAUGGUGCUCUGUAUACUUGCUCAGGUACUUGUAAAUUAUUAAUUUAUGCCGAAUGCCUGUUACAGUGCAGUGCGCUGUAGUAGGCAUUUUUACCAUCACUGAGUUUUCCACGGAAGGAAGGCUUCUUGUGCUUUUAAUAGUUGUGAACUUGAAAUAUCGUGCUUUAUGGGAUUCUGGACAGGAUGUUUACUUUUGGCUUGAGGCUUUAUUGGAGAGCAGCUCCCCGGCUACUCAUGGCUCUGGUUAUGGUACUGGACACAGCUCAGGAGACCCCAGGUAGAACCCUGAGUGAUUUUCUGGAACCCCUGAUCUCAGGCCAGAGCCAGGGGCUUCCUGACCUGGAGGCUCACCAGCCAGGAGCACAUUUGGAGAGCAGGCAAAGAAGUUUGCUUUACGGAAACACCAUGAACUUCUUUUCCUGGCUGCCCUUUACAGAGUGCUGGCAUCAGCGCUUUAUUGAGGUGGGGAAAAGGUGGUGUUUCUGCAAGAAAGCUGCUGCCCAGGCCCUGCACGCCUCCACCUCCCCGUGCCGUUUGGGGCUAAGCAAAUUACCACCAUGUCUUCUCUGCUGGAAUACAGUGAUCCUGUGUUCAGACAGAUAGAUGAGGCUUUCCAUGGGACCAUAACUAUUUUCAGAUGUGAACCAGUAACCAGAUCUAGUGAAUCAAUUCUGUUGAUAAAAGUCUCCUUUUAUUGCAAGGUUCAACUUAUUAAAAAUUAGCCAGAAUCCCUAGGCUUGCAAAAGCUACAACCAAAUGGAAUGCUGUGUUUGUUGGUGUAGGCUAUGUCUGCUUUCCUUAUUAGUGUAUGCUGGACAAAGAACCAUGAGUUAUUAGUAAGUUGUCUUUGGGGCAUCCUAUUUUCCCAGCUUGGCUGCAGGAACCGUGAGAAGAUGUUUUUAGCAUAAAGUGAAUCUAUUUCUUAAACACUCGCAACCUACCUGUUGAGCAUCACAGAAAGUGAUGAGGAAAUCAAUUUCCUGAUCCUAAAUAUUCAUAAAAUGCAGUCUUGGGCAGCAGCCCCUUCAACCUUUUACUCUUCAAAGGUCUGAUGGGGAAGCCGUUUUCACAAGAUCUUGAAGACGCCUGUAUCUAAUGGCAUGAAAAUUACAAAAAAAACAGACAAGGUAAAAUGCCAUUAUGCCUCUCGUCUUCGUGGGGUCAUAUGUGACUAGUUUUCACAUUAGGAGGCAAUUGACAAGAGUUCCGUAAUUCACUCUGAGUGUGUUAUGAUAAACACUUCAUCUGGGGUUAUUUCAAUGAUUUUUCUAUGCCUUGAAGCAGAAAGACAAAACGUCCCAAGCAUCUUGGUUUGCCUUCCAGAAAACAAGACUGCAUUUAGCCCUCCCCAUGUUCCCCGCAGUAUCUAGGCAACAUAGUAUUCACGACUGUGGAUAAACUAAGUAAAUCCAUAUCACAAAACACACACAAAAGGGAACCCAGCUCUAAUACAUUCCAAUUCUUAUAGCAUGCAUCUGUUUAUUAUACAAUUAUUAAUGUCUUAAAAAUGUAAAGCCAUGUUAUAAAAUAUUACUGCUGAUGAGUACAUACAGAAUUACUGUAAUUGAUAUUAUAUAAUUGUAUUAAGGCCAAAACAUAUACUAUUGAAAAGUUUACAGAAUUUUUAUGGUGCAUUAUGUGGGUAUUGUCUUUAUAGCUGCCCAAAUCCUUAGAUCUGGCAUUUGUGCCCCUUCUCCUAUUGUGGGGAGAGGAUGUGAACUGACUUUGUGUGUGUCUGUCCUUAGUUACAAUUCCUGUGCUUCUAUUUCAGAGAACCAGGAAUCGUUUGAUAUUAAAGGAAGUUAAUGCUGUGAUCUUACACCAUGUCAUCAAUGGCCACUUAGGGGCUGUGGCUGAUGACACAUUCUUAUCUCUACAGUACUAAUUGCUUUUUUAGAGCCAUGCAAUUUAUUUCUGGAUAAGAACAUAUUUAAACCUAAUAUCCCCUCAUAAUACACAGAUAUUAUUAAAGGAACAAUACUUCCAAGAUGCAGUAUUUAGCAGCUGAAGCAUACUUAGCAAUAACUUCCAUUAUAAUAUAACUUAGGAAAGGAACCAAUAGCCAGGUUUUGGGGGGAGGGAGUUAUUCCUCCCCCUUUUUAUAUCCUCAUAGAUGACGGAAACAAAAAUAAAUACUUAUAUUUCAA